AUGGAAGAAAAAAAGAAUCUGGCGAUUAUAGAUAAAGUGCUAGAGGACACUGGAAUAGUCAGGUACAACGCCCUUAAAAACAGGUUCAGGAGCGAGUGCAAUGACUCUCCUACGCUUCUGUGCUUCUACAAAAACACGCCUGCCUCUUCCGAGGAGACCUCUAUAGACCUAUAUCGUGCAAACCUUCUCAAGCUCAGAAGAAAGAUAGAAGAGAGAAAGGUCCGCGUACUCUCGCACGCAGGCCGCGAAACCAUCACGGAAACACUCAGCACAACCGUCUCCGAGGCACUUGUGAGUGUUUCCCCUAACGGAACAGCCACUCCCUUGCAGCUGGAGUCGAUCCCUUCGUAUAACCUCAGCGUAGACAAUGUCGGGUCUUUGAACGACUUCAAGUAUGCGACUGUUUUGGGCGCUGCCCGCGUGAUUAAGAAGAGCAAGCAGUACGAGUCCGAGCUAAAACUGGAAGGGCAUACGCUUACAACCACGGUAAUAGACAAGAAAAAUGACAUGAAAACGAUAAUUGAUGUUGACGUUACUCUUGCAAAACUCUUUCUCGUCGUGAAGAAUAACGACUCCUUUUUCAGCUGCAUGAAUAAGCCCACCAGAUACGUGCAUUUGCACAAGGAAAUUGACGUAAUGAACAUUACAGUGGGAAAGCCCUCGCAGAUCAUCCUGAAAAACGUCACGAAUGGGACACUUUUCAAAGAGGCCGUAAAGUCCUACGAAUUUGCAGUUCAGGACGUAUACGGGAAUACAGUGCUCUACAAAACCCAGUCCCCGGACGAGUUCAUUCGGUGGCUUCUUCUCAUUCGCUCGAGAAUGUACACGGUCGACCGGUGGAGCAAGGACGAGCUCCUAAACUCCAUUCGCAGGUAG